UAUACACUCAUGGCCAGGCCUACGGAGUAACAUGCUUGGUCUGUUCGCACAGUCUACAAGAGGUGUCACUGUUCAUUGCUCUCUCCUGACGCCUACUCCAUAUAACCUGCGUAGCCUUUUCGACCUUUUUCCCUCCUUGAGAAGACUGUGAAGGAUAGUUUUUAUUUUUUUCCUUCUGAAUCCGCUAUUACCUGCGCAUUUUCAGUUUUAUUUACGCAGUUGCGGUUGCCUAGCCACAAAGCUCUUCUUCUUCCUCCUCCCAAACCCUGACCCAGACCCAUCCCCGGCGCAAGUUCUUGGCUGGGAUCCGGAUGGAGGCGCCGCCCCCGCCGCAUCCGCAUGGCGUUUUCGCCGCAGCUGCCUCAGAACCUCCUCCUCCUCCUAGGUACGCAGCCAUGUACAGAGCCAAACUAAAAAAAUAAUACGGAGUAGCAUUGAUCUUUCAGGCGAUGCGCUGCUAUGUGUUUAAUCUAUUUCUGAGUUUUGCUUGGCUUGAUUGGGGGGCCGGGAGAAGAGAACCUCAUGCACUAAAUCGAUUCCACUUGCUGGCUUGCUGCUAGUCGUUUCUGUCUCUGCAUAUUGGCAUGUUGUAUGUAUCUCUGAAGAUUUGGACGGUCGGUUGGAUGAUUGUGAGUUCGUGACAUACUUAUUGAACAAAGCAGAUUAAUUUGGGGGUUAAAGGUAUUUUACAAUCAGAGAAGCUAGCUGUGCCGUCAAUUUGUGGUAAAUGAUUAUGUAUGAUUGGUUCGUCAAAAAGGUGCAGCUAGGAUAUCCUCCGGAUGCUAGUGCACUGGAGAAGGCAAUGAUGGGGUUCGCAGAGAGAAAAACUGAGGUGGUGGUGAAUCCAACAGUUGGAACCUGCUUUGAUUCUCUCCACGAGGCCUAUGAUUUCUACAAUAUUCAUUCCUGGGAAUCUGGGUUCGGGAUUCAGCACGGGAAGAGUAGGGUGAAUGCUCGAGGAAGGAGAUCAAUGCAGGAACUUCUUUGCGUGUGUGCGGGGAAACCAACCAAGGAGAACAGUUCGUCUGCUAGGUGCAAAUGCACGGCGUUGAUUCGUUUGCUGGGAACCGAAAGCGGUGGAUGGUAUGUGAGCAAACAUCGAGCCGGGCAUACGCACACUCUUACGCAGACAUGUCAAGAGAACUCGGCUUGGUCUUCCCAUAGACAUAUCAACGAGGACACUAAGAACUCGAUUCGCCAACUAAGGGAAAAGGAAAACAAUGUCGACUUGGGGGAAAUGUACAAGAUCAUUGGGUCCCUCUUCGGUAGAACAGAGAACGCCGUGCCCUGCACUGACCACAUUGCUGAUAUUAGGAAGACCAUGGAUGCCUUUCAUGAGAUUAAGGCAGAGGAUCCAGGAUUUGUUUAUACAGUUCAGAUUGAUGAUGAACUGAGAGUAAAAACACUACUCUGGACCAAUAAUUCAUGCCGCCUUCAGUACGAAUGGUUUGGCGAUGCGAUUACCUUCGACACCACCUACCGACCGAGCUUGUAUGGAAAGACAUUCGGCAUAUUUUUUUGUGUCAACAACAACUUCAAGACCAAAGUGCUUGCCGGGGUGCUAAUGAGGGAUAGGAAAAUAGAGAGCUUCAAAUGGGUGUUCAGUACAUUUGUCGAAUUAAUGGGCGGGAAACACCCCCAAACUAUACUAACCGAUCAGUGCCAGGCAAUGGAAGAUGCCAUAUUGGAGGUACUGCCAUCCACCACACACAGAUGGUGCAAGUGACAUGUCCUUCACAGGGCAAAGGAGUUCCUUGCUUCUCAUUACACAGAGUUUCCAGACAGAGUUCCACAGAAUUCUAGACGACAUGUUGACGGCCAAUGAGUUCGAAAGAGCAUGGGAGAUGCUACUAGACAAGUAUGGAUUGGAGAAUCACCCAUUUCUGACGCAAAUCUACGAAGUGCGGCACAAGUGGGCAAAGCCAUACUUCAGAGACAUAUUCUGUGCUAAACAGACCAGCACGCAGAAGAGUGAGACUGUGGAACGCUUGCUGGCAAAGUAUGUUCCACCAGAUCGCUCCAUGGAUCUUUUUGUCAAGCAGUACGAGGAACUGCAUGUCAAUCUGAACAUCAUAGAGGUUUUCCAGGGGAAAAGGACUAGUAUUGAUGAGAUUGUUCUCAGAACAAAUCUACCAAUUGAGAAGCAUGCCAGCGAGGUGUACACGAGGACGAUGUAUGAAAUGUUCAGGAAAACAUUGUGCGAAUCUGAAUUCUACGAGGUGGAGGUACUAAUCCCUAACCUGAGGUACAUAGCAAGGCGUCACAAAACUGAAACUAGGGACAAAUGGUCUAUGGUGCAACAUGAGGUCAAUGUUAGAGAAGACGGUGGAGCAUUCAUAUGUGUGUGUAAGCGAUUUGAGCACACAGGGAUGCUCUGCUGCCAUGCUGUUAAGGUGAUGAUCCACCUGGGCGUGCUAGAGAUACCAAGUUUUCAUAUCAUGCCACGCUGGACACCCAAGCUCUGUUGGAAACAUCGCGGUCAUCCGGAGACAAAAACUUGCAGCUCAUGCAGGCAGUAUGUUGUGUAUGAUCGAAUGUUAAAUAUGAUACGCCUCUGUUAUGGUGAACCUGAGCUGGAGGAGCUCGCCAUAAGGCGUUUCGAUGAACUGAAACAAACCCUAUCCACAAUGGAGGUGCCCGUUGUGAAGCAGCGGCGCGGGAAGCUGAAGCGUCGCUUCCGAGAUCUCUGAAGCCUGUCUUAGGCCUGCAAUCUGCUAUGCUUGACAUGUCUGAACCUGCAUGGCUACUUUGUUCAGAUGUGGAAGGAAACUAAUCAAAGGAUCCUCAAUCUGUUUGAUAGAUCCAACUUGUUCAGAUGUGGGGUAUUUCUCGACUUGUUCGUUCGAGAAUGUGUAAACUCUAAACUGGUGUUCUAUGGUGGAGACUAUCAAUUCGAAUUUGUGAUGCCCUGUCA